UUCACAAUAAAAAUAUCACCAAAACCCAGAAGGUGCGUUUCUUUACCGGGCAGUUACUGAACCACAUAGCAGCUCUCUACAGCUGGAAUGGGAUUGUUGAUGUGAGCCUGGAAAAUGUCAAGGCUUCUGAGGAUGCGGGGAAAACCAUGGUGAGGGAGCUUGUUCACACCUUCCUGAUGGAUCUGUGCUGUUCGCUCAAGCACGGGAUUAAUUUUUAUGACGCAUCUCUCGGCACCCUCGGCAGAGGCGGGAAUCUGACCCUCCUGCACUUCCUGUUGGGUUUGAAGACUGCUGCAGACGAUGAGCUGGUGGCCGAGCUCGUGGUGAACAUCCUCAAAGUGUGCCCGGACUUACUGAACAAAUACUUCAAGGAAGUCACAUUUUCCUUUCUUCCAAGAGUGAAGUCCACUUGGUCAAAUAACAUCAAACUGCUGAACAAGAUCUAUGAGGCCCAGCCGGACAUUUCCCGGGCUUUUCAGACCAGAGAGUUCAUCCCCUUGCCUCGGCUCCUGGCAAUGGUGAUGGUGACCACUGUGCCCCUGGUGUGCAAUAAGAUCAUGUUCACCCAGGCAUUAAAUUUGGACAGCAAAUCGGUGAAACACACAGCUUUAUCCCUUAUUUCCGUCAUUUUGAAAAGAGCAUUGAAAACCGUUGACCACUGCCUGGAUAAAGAGACGUGGCAAGGAUCAAGCGUGUACUCGGCCGAGGUGAUGGAAGAAUUCGUGCGGCUCUUCAGAGAAGCUCUGAGCAAGAUUUUACCAGACCUCAACACCAUCGUGUGGGUCUGGCAGUCCCUUCGAAAGCAGGACACAAAACAGGAUGAUGAGAAAGGAAAGAAGAGGGACAACCAGACUCCCACCUUCUGUGUGACUCCCGAGUGCGAUGAUGCAGAAACCAUUCUUCUGAAAGCUGUUCUGCUCCAGGUCAUAUGCCUGUACCAGAAGGUGGUCCCACACGUGGUCAUGCAGUACAACUUUGACUUCAGCAAGCUCCUGAAAGGCAUCAUCUCAGAGCAGGGCCUCCGAGACGAGGUCCCUCCCAUUCUGCAGCACCACAUUCUCAAGGUGGCCCUGGAGCUGCCCGCCAGCAAGUUUUUGUGGUUAAAGGCACAGGAAGGCCCAGAUGCAGAAAUUAUUGGAGGAGAGCGAUCUGUAUUUUACUUAUUGAUGAAAAUGUUUGUGACCAGUAGCCAUCUGCAGCUCAAGUCAUCCACCAAACUCCUGGUCAUAAAGAUUCUUCGGGACACAGGGGUGUUCGAGCACACGUGGAAGGAGCUGGAGCUGUGGCUGGAGCACUUAGAUUACACCCCAGAAGAGAAACGAGAGACUGUGAUUCAGUUUUUGGAACGUGUAAGCACCUAUUUCCAGUGUUAA